AAGGAUUUGACCUUUUAAAAUUUGCUUUAUCCUCUUACUAAAAAGAUAAGCAAUUGACAUCAUCAUCAUCACAAUAAACUAUACAAAGGAAUCCAAUUCUCUGCUACAACCUGACCAAACUCUAAUAAUUUGCUUUGGUUCUACUCUCCUUUUCUGGUGUGUUUCAUCAGUCUUGCUUUGAAGGAGAUCAUCCAUGGCUUCUGAGCAGAAACCAGAGAUCUUUGAACUCGACAAUGGGACCAUGCAGGUCAAGAUCACCAACUAUGGUGCCACCAUCACUUCCUUGUCUGUACCAGACAAAGAUGGAAACUUGGCUGAUGUUGUUCUUGGGUGCGAUUCUCUGGAACCAUAUCUGAAAGGUGAUGUGCCCUAUUUUGGGUGCAUUGUUGGUAGAGUUGCAAAUAGAAUCAAAGAUGGGAAGUUUACUCUCAAUGGGAUUGAAUACCAAUUGCCCAUCAACAAGCCCCCAAACAGUCUCCACGGUGGGCACAAGGGCUUUAGCAAGAAGGUCUGGGAGGUGGCUGAAAGGAAAGAAGGCAAAAGCCCAUCCAUCACUUUCAAGUACCAUAGUCACGAGGGGGAAGAAGGUUACCCAGGAGAUGUUUCCGUAACUGCAACUUACACUCUUACUUCGAGCACAACAAUGAGGCUUGACAUGGAAGCUGUGCCUGAGAACAAGCCCACUCCAAUCAACUUAGCUCAACACACAUACUGGAACUUAGCAGGCCACAGCUCCGGCAACAUACUUGACCACUCCAUUCAGAUAUGGGGAUCUCAUAUCACUCCUGUGGAUCAGAACACAGUCCCAACCGGUGAAAUCACGCCAGUGAAAGCCACCCCAUUUGAUUUCACGACUGAGAAGAAGAUCGGUACCUCAAUCCAUGAGGUUGGCCUAGGAUACGACCACAACUAUGCACUCGACUGCGGUGAGGAGAAAGAGGGCUUGAAACAUGCUGCAAAGGUGAAGGACCCAUCAAGCUCAAGGGUCCUGAACUUGUGGACAACUGCUCCAGGCAUGCAGUUCUACACUGCAAACUAUGUGAAUGGAGUUGCUGGAAAAGAUGGAGCUGUUUAUGGAAAGCAUUCAGGGCUCUGCUUGGAGACACAGGGAUACCCAAACGCCAUUAACCAGCCAAACUUCCCGUCCAUUGUUGUCCAGCCAGGGGAGAAGUAUCAACACACCAUGUUGUUUGAGUUCUCCGUUGAGUGAAGGAGCAGAUAUAUUUGAGAAAAGUCUGCUCUGUGUUUGGUUUUCAAUGGCUGUGAGACCAUGGAAUCUGAAUAACAAUAAGCUUAAAUAAUGAAAUGAUGAGAAAUGUGUUUGGUAACACUCUUUUGGUAUCAA